AUGAAAGGCCUAUCAUUAGCCAUUCAAAGGACUGUACUUCCCAUUGCUAUUGACAUGGACUCAAGUAUGGCGGUAUCUAUGAUUACAAGUGAUGAAGUUGACAGAUCACUCUAUGCUUCCUUGGUGAAUGAAAUUAGACACUUAUUGAGUCUUAGGCAAACUUGUAUUACUCAUAUUUCUCGCUCGCGAAACAAGGCAAGUGAUAGUUUAGCUAGAUUUGCUAGAGUAGAUAGACGGACUAUGACAUGGCUAGGGUCCGGUCCUGAAGAUGUUUUGGAGAUUGUCUUCGAAGACUGUAAACACAUUGUGAUCGAGUAA